AACGAAACCUCUCAACCCUAGUUAACUCUCCUAACCCCAUCUCUUUUAAGCUCGGGCAGUCUCACACUCCCCCUCCUCACUCUCUCUCUCGCUCUCCAGUGCCCAACCAUGGCAGCAUCGCAGCCAAUCCUCCUCUUUCUCGCUCUCACAGCCCUCACCGCCACCAUCUCGGCCCACAAUAUAACCGAUAUUCUCUCAGGCCACCCCGAGUACUCAGUCUUCAACGGCUACUUGAGCCAAACAAAGGUGGCCGACGACAUCAACAGCCGCCAAACAAUCACUGUCCUCGUCCUGAACAAUGCGGCUAUGUCCGCCCUCGCAGCCAAACACCCCCUCUCCGUCAUCAAAAAGGCGCUCAGCCUCCUCGUCCUUCUCGACUAUUACGACCCACCCAAGCUCCACCAAAUCUCCAAGGGCACAACCCUCACCACCACUCUUUACCAAACCACCGGAAAUGCCCCUGGCAACUUGGGGUUUGUCAACAUCACCGACCUCCAGGGUGGCAAGGUCGGCUUCGGCUCCGCGGCUCCCGGAUCCAAGCUCGACUCCAGCUACACCAAGUCUGUGAAGCAAAUCCCCUACAACGUCUCCGUCCUCGAGAUCAACUCGCCGAUCAUCGCGCCGGGGAUGCUCACCGCGCCGGCUCCUUCAGCUUCGGACGUCAAUAUAACAGCCGCCCUUGAAAAGGCUGGGUGUAAAACUUUUGCGUCGUUGAUUACUACUAACGGUGUGAAGAAAACUUAUGAGUCAGCACUUGAGAAGGGUUUGACCAUUUUCGCGCCGAACGAUGAAGCUUUUAAGGCGCCUAGUGUGCCUGAUCUGAGCAAGCUCAGCAAUGCCGAAAUAGUUUCGCUACUACUAUAUCAUGCACGCGCUGGUUAUACUCCACUCGGGACGCUGAAGACCACCAAGGAUCCGCUCACUACGUUGGCAACCAACGGUGCCGGAAAGUACGAACUGAAGGUUACCACAGCCGGUGACGAGGUCACUCUUCACACUGGAGUCGACUCGUCCAGGAUCGCCGACACGGUGCUCGACUCAACGCCUCUAGCCAUUUUCACCGUGGGCGAUGUGCUUCUUCCGUCCGAGCUGUUCGGAAAAUCGCCUUCGCCUGCCCCGGCGCCGGUGCCGACCACGUCGCCAAGUCCCGCACCAGUUUUGGCGCCGAGCCCGGUUAGUGUGGCACCGUCUCCGGCAACUGCGUCUCCACCUGCUCCGCCGACAGAUACGCCGGGAGGUGCCCCGUCGGACGCGCCGUCCCACGAUUCUGAGAACAGUACCUCGGACAACGGAGCUGGUCACGUGAAGGCUUCUGCGUUGGGCGCAGUACUGGUCACCGUCAUUUCCUCAUUUGUCUUGUCCUGAAUACUAAUUUGAGAUGCCUGUUUAAAUUUUUGAGUUACUAUUUUUCUUUUUCUUUUUCUUUUCUCACUUUUACCUUAAUUUAUUUUUGGAUUUAAUUUAUGGGUAGAGGACGGGAGUCGGUGGAGGAUGCUUCUUGUUCCGUUUAUUUGUGUUUUUAUUUUUAUUUUGAGAUUGUAUUGAUAUUAUAUUUAUGCAGUUACUGUUAAAUUUGAAUGGAUGAGAUUUUGUUU